GCGCCGCUGUGGCAGCGCGUGCGCGGCCCGCGCCAGAUGCGCCCGCGCUGGGCCCGGCGCCACCUGCUGCUGGCGCACAACCUGCUGUACGCCUUCCGCUCGCCCGAGUGCGGCCGCGCCACGUGCCUCAUCUUCCUGGAGGGCUGGUCGGUGUGCGCGGCGGGCGAGGUCAAGUCGCGCGCGCACGCCUUCAAGGUGUACUGCGUGGGCUCGGCCUUCUACUUCGCGGCCGCCACGCGCCAGCGGCAGCAGGCCUGGAUCCAGCUGCUGCAGCGCGCCACGCUGCAGUCGUCGCCGGCCGCGCCGUCCGCGCCGGUGGACCUGUCCAAGCGGUUCUCGGAGACGGAGUACUCGGAGACGUCGUCGGAGGGCGAGGAGGGCCGCGAGCGGCCGCGGGCGCCGGCCGCGGAGCGCGACAAGGGCAAGUUCGGCUCGCUGAAGAAGCUGACCACGCGCAUGCGCAGCGAGUCGCAGGAGAGCGUGGCGGGCGCCGGCGCCGCCAGCCUCGACCGCAAGUACCUGCGCUUCUUCGGCCGCCACCGCGCGCGCGACGACAAGCCGCACAAGAACAAACAGCUGGGCGUGCCGGUGCCCACCGAACACUACCGCAGCUACCGGCGCGUGGCCGACCCCCCCGCGCCCUUGUCCCCUCUGUCCCCCCUGUCUCCGUCCCCCCCUGAUGACCGGCCCAAGAAGAUACCCAAGCCCAUCAACUUCAUCCACGCAUCCAACCCCAACCUGGUGGAGUUCGAGCGCAGCGAAUUCGUGGGCCGACCCUCGCUGCAGCCCAGGCCUAAGGUUCAGAAGCCGGAGACCUUCCUGGGCUUCGUGACGCUCGAGGAAUUCAUGCUCAAGAAGCAGGAAGAGGAGCGCCGGCAGAUGUACACGAACCGCGUGCUGAUGGGCAUCGAGCGCGACAAGCUGGAGGAGCGCAACAGCGGCGGCAAGAAGGCCGCCAAGGAGCUGCAGAAGCGCCUGGACCGGAUCGUGCCCGACGUCAUCUACGGCCAGCUGGAGCGGCCCGACGGCGCCGCGCCGCGCAGCCCCGGCCGGGGCAGGGGCAGGGACGGGGGCGGGGCCGGCUGA